AUGGCUAUACGGUCCCUCGCCCUCGGGUGGUUAGCCAUCUCGUCACUUCAAAUUAGCGCCCAAGCCUUGGACUUUCGCAGCAACUGUGAUGAGGCCUGCGAAGCUGCGUACCGUUCGUCACUCGCUAUCGAGACCAAGGACUGGGUCAAUGUAGACGUCAACGUCGAUCCCUUCUACGCCAACCCAUCGAACCUCUCUGACUAUGCCGUCGGAGACUUGGUCAAAUGGCAAGACCUCACGGGCACCCAAGCCGCCAAGAUCUGGACUGUCCCCGCCGGCAUGUCCCUCUCCCGCUUCUUCUACAUGAGCGAAGAUAUCGACGGCAAGCCGCUUCCCUUACCGCAUUCGCCCUGCUCCCAUGCGCCCUUCAUCCUCGCCCAGGCAGGUUACGCUGUCAUCGCACCGGACUAUGCUGGCCAAGGCAGUGACAUUUCCCAGGGCUUCAUGUACGAAUCGGGAGCACUUCAUGCUGCUGACGUCAGCCACAGCCUCCAGGCAGCUCGCAAAGCCCUUGGUGAGCGGCUGUCCAAGGAAUGGGUCGUAGUUGGACAUAGCGAGGGUGGCUUGACUGCGUGGCGCACCAACGAGAGAGAAGCAAAGGCUGGAAAGGCCACUGGCGGAUUCAUCGGAGAUGUGGUAUCCGUCUACUUCCUCCAGUCUCUAUCAAAGCUCUUGAAGUCGAUCCGGAUAGAAGACUACGUCAGCGAUAUUGUUGCCAGCCGCAUUCCUCUGUCAAACCAGGGAUGUCUCAAGACCGGCGGUACUAUCUACGGCAGCCUGACUGAGACUCAGCUGUACAAGAAUACCAGCUGGCUGACACAACCCCGAUCCCCCAUGUUGGUUGUCCAGGGGACCAAAGAUAUUCUCACUUACGCCGAGACUAUGGAGCAGGACUUUGAUGCAACUUGCAAGGCCUUCCCCGAGUCGCCUGCGGAGCUGCUCUUAUAUCCUGAGCUCGGUCAUGAUCAGGCUUUCCAGGCGUCGCAUGUUGACUAUCUGGCUUGGGUUGCGGAUCGGUUUAACAACGUCUCCGUUUCCUCUGGUUGCAGCAAGAGGACGAUUGAGCCUGCGACCAACCACCCCUCGCUCAUCCACCAAACUUGGCAAGGAUCUCCUCAGUAA